AUAGGCCUUUGCGCAACUACGGCCGGGCAGGAUUCCGGACAACGCCUGGUUCCUCUCGGGUCCUUCCGGCGUCGCCGGAGUGAAUUGAUCCGGUAGUUGAAGAGGACUCCAAAGGUGGGAAGUGAAGUCAGGGCUCAGUUGCCGGGAAGGUCAGUAUAUGUCUUGCCGUAUUUUUUUAUAACUAAAAAGAGAAGAAAUACUGUAGUGAAUGAAGAUUCCUCUACAUUUUAGCACUACUUUUUCUACUGUAGUUGGCUUUUGAAUGAGGAUGACAAUGGAAGAGAUGAAGAAUGAAGCUGAGACCACUUCUAUGGUUUCUAUGCCUCUCUAUGCAGUCAUGUAUCCUGUAUUUAAUGAGCUAGAACGAGUAAAUUUGUCUGCAGCUCAGACACUGAGAGCAGCUUUUAUUAAGGCUGAAAAAGAAAAUCCAGGACUCACCCAGGACAUUAUUAUGAAAAUUUUAGAGAAAAAAUGUGUAGAAGUUAAUUUCACAGAAUCCCUUCUUCGAAUGGCAGCUGAUGAUGUGGAAGAGUAUAUGAUUGAACGACCAGAGCCAGAAUUCCAGGACCUAAACGAAAAGGCACGAGCACUUAAACAAAUUCUCAGUAAGAUCCCAGAUGAAAUCAAUGACAGAGUGAGAUUCCUGCAGACAAUCAAGGAUAUAGCUAGUGCAAUAAAAGAACUUCUUGAUACAGUGAAUAAUGUCUUUAAGAAAUAUCAAUACCAGAACCGCAGGGCACUUGAACACCAAAAGAAAGAAUUUGUAAAGUACUCCAAAAGUUUCAGUGAUACUCUGAAAACCUAUUUUAAAGAUGGCAAGGCAAUAAAUGUGUUCAUAAGUGCCAACCGACUAAUUCAUCAAACCAACUUGAUACUUCAGACCUUCAAAACUGUGGCCUGAGAGUUGUAUAUGUUGAGAUGUACUUCUCAGUGGCAGUAUUGAACUGCCUUUAUCUGUAAAUUUUAAAGUUUGACUGUAUAAAUUAUCAGUCCCUCCUGAAGGGGUCUAAUCCAGGAUAUGGAAUGGGAUUAUUGCCAUCUUACACCAUAUUUUUGUAAAAUGUAGCUUAAUCAUAAUCUCACACAAGAUUUUGCAUCACUUUUGCUAUUAUCAUUCUUUUAAGAAUUAUAAGCCAAAAGAAUUUACGCCUUAAUGUGUCAUUAUAUAACAUUCCUUAAAAGAAUUGUAAAUAUUGGUGUUUGUUUCUGACAUUUUAACUUGAAAGCGAUAUGCUGCAAGAUAAUGUAUUUAACAAUAUUUGGUGGCAAAUAUUCAAUAAAUAGUUUACAUCU